UCUCUAGCCUCCUUCGCGCUCUCUCCCAACUGUCUUCUAGGCCUCUCCAUUGCCGUCGUCACCUUCACCCAAAUCGUUGCCUCUGCAUCUCCAUCGCUUCUCUCUCUCUCGGCCUUAAAAUUCAGAAACUAAGCGUUAAACCCAUUUUCGUUAACAUCCCCAAAUUUUCUUUUUCUAGGCAAACUACGGACCGCAAUCGGUAUAUAAAAAGCUAAACAGAAGAAGAGGGAAGAAACCACAAAUAUCACCCAAACCAAUAGUUCUUUCCCAAACUAACCCCACCCUGCCUCUCUAUCCUCCACUCUACCACCCAUCUAGUUAUUACCUGUGCAAGACGAAGCUUGAAGCGGAAGCGGGAGCGGGAGCGGGAGCGGGAGCGGGAGCCAGAAUCCGAAGACCAAAACGAGACUUGCAAGCUUCUCGUCGUCGAAGACCCAAAGAAAGAAGCUCCUUGUUGCGUGUGAGUAACUAAAAAACUGGAUCCAAUAGAGCUAUAUAACAAGAUGAAUUCAAAACCCUGUCACAGCUGGGAGAAAGAAUGAGAAUCGUAGGACUAACCGGUGGAAUCUCUUCGGGAAAGAGUACCGUCUCCAAUCUAUUCAAGUCCCAUGGCAUCCCCGUUGUCGAUGCCGACGUCAUCGCUCGUGAUGUGUUAAAGAAAGGCACCGGUGGCUGGAAAAAGGUUGUUGCAGCAUUUGGAGAGGACAUUUUACAAGCGGAUGGAGAAGUCAAUAGGCCUAGAUUGGGCCAAAUUGUGUUCACUGAUCCUGAAAAGUGCCAACUUCUUAAUCGGAUAUUGGCUUCUUAUAUAUCCUCUGGCAUCUUCUGGGAAAUUGUGAAGUUAUGGAGGAAAGAGUUUAAGGUUAUUGUUCUUGAUGUCCCUUUGUUGUUCGAGACCAAGAUGGACAAAUGGACAAAGCCCAUUAUAGUUGUGUGGGUUGACCCUGAAACACAACUUAGACGACUCAUGGCAAGAGACAGAACAAGCGAGGAGGAUGCUGGAAACCGGAUUAAUGCUCAGAUGUCUCUGGAUUUAAAAAGGACGAAGGCAGACAUAGUGAUUGACAAUACAGGAUCAUUAGAGGACUUGAAUGAACAGUUUAAGAAGGUAUUUUUUGAGGUCACAAAGCCCUUGACAUGGACUGAGUUUGGGCUUUCCCGGCGGGGAGCAUUAUCGGUUCUUGUUUCGUCAUUAUAGGUGUUCUUAUUUGCCGGAAAAAUCGCUGGUGAUAAUGGUUUUGAGCCAUUAUGAUAACUUUCCCAAACUUCAUGUACUUGAUUAAGAUUUAAGAUUUGUCAGUGAAUCUCAUUUAAACCAAUAUUUGCCUUGCACCAUUUUUUUUUU